AUGCCAUUGGAUAUCGAACACGUUAUUUCGCAGUUGACCUUGCGCGAAAAGGUCGAGUUGGUGUCGGGGAUCGACUUCUGGCAUACCAAGGCCGUUGAACGGCUCAACAUCCCUUCGUUGCGGUUCUCCGACGGUCCUAACGGGAUAAGAGGCACCAAGUUCUUCAACGGUGUCAAGUCUGGCUGUUUCCCAUGUGGGACCUCGCUCGGCUCCACCUUUGACAAGGAGUUGUUAGAGGCCGCUGGUCGGCUUAUGGCAACCGAGGCCAAGUUUAAGGGCGCCCACGUUAUUUUGGGGCCUACCUGUAACAUUCAGAGAUCGCCUCUCGGUGGCAGAGGCUUUGAGUCCUUUUCGGAAGACCCGUCGUUGUCCGGUUUGGCCACGGCGGCCGUCAUCAAGGGUAUCCAAUCAGAAGGGAUCGUUGCUACAAUUAAGCACUUCGUGGCGAACGACUUGGAGGAUGAACGGAAUUCGAUCAAUGCCAUCAUCUCCCAGAGAGCCUUGAGAGAAGUGUACUUGAAGCCGUUUCAGAUCGCCGUGCGCGACGCCGAGCCUAAGGCGUUGAUGACCUGCUAUAACAAGGUCAACGGCGAGCACGUUUCGCAGUCCAAGUACUUGUUGACCGACAUUUUAAGAAACGAAUGGCAGUGGGAUGGAACCAUCAUGAGCGAUUGGUUCGGUGUGUACUCGAUCAAGGCGUCUAUUGACGCCGGUUUGGACAUUGAAAUGCCGGGCCCUCCACUCAUGAGAAACGUCGCCGGUUUGAUCCACGCAAUCACCACCACCGAGAUCCACUCCGAUGUGAUCGACGACAGAGUUCGCAAUGUGUUGAAGUUGGUCAACAACUGUGCCAACGCCAAUGUUUCCGACGGGGAAACCGACGGAAAUAACACCAAGGAGACCGGCCAAAAGUUGAACGCGAUCGGGUGCGCUGGGGUUGUUUUGUUGAAAAAUGAGAACAACUUUUUACCGUUACUGAAGACCGAUAACGUGGCAGUGAUUGGUCCUAAUGCCAAGAUUGCUCGUUAUUGCGGCGGUGGUUCCGCCAGCAUGGUCACCUACUACGCCAUUACUCCGUAUGAGGGGAUUGAGAGAAAGUUGGACGCUAAGCCAGCCUAUGCCAUUGGAACCUCCAUCCACAAGACCUUGCCAGGGUUGGGAUCCCAUUUGGUGUCUCCAGACGGAGCGGUGGGCUACACCACCAACGUGUACUUGGAGCCUCGGGAGGCCAAAAACCGUACGUACGUGGAGACAAUCGCUAUGUCCGAUUCCUCCUUCCACUUGUUCGACUACAAGCACCCAAAGAUCUCGGGCAACCUCUUCUACUUUGACCUUGAAGGGACCUAUACUCCAGAGGAAACUGGCGAGUAUGACUUUGGGGUGGCCUGUCUCGGCACUGCCGAGUUGUUCAUCGACGGGAAGCUCGUGGUGGACAACAGGACUUCCCAAACUCCCGGGCCAACAGGUUUGGGGUCCGGUGCAGCCGAGAAGAUCUCCACUGUGGCCCUCACCAAGGGCCAGAAGUACACCGUAAAGAUCUACUUUGGCUCGGCUCCAACGUGCAAAGUCAAGUCUGCAGACACGGUCUCCACCAACGGUGGUGGGAGCUUGUCUUUUGGGGCCAUCAAGAAGAGCAGCCCGGAGGAAAAUAUUGCCGCUGCUGUGAAGGUAGCCAAGGCCAACGACAAGGUGGUGUUGUGCAUCGGGACCUCAAAGGACUGGGAGUCUGAAGGGGUCGAUCGUCCAGACAUGGACUUGCCUCGCAACCAGGAGGAGUUGGUUCUUCGUGUGUUGGAGGCGAAUCCAAACACUGUGAUUGUCAAUCAGUCCGGAACGCCAGUUACUCUCAGUGCAGAGGUUGUGGCCAAGACCCCCGCCUUGUUACAGGCGUGGUUCGGAGGUAACGAGACUGGUAAUGUAAUUGCCAACAUCUUAUUUGGUGAUGUGAACCCAAGCGGAAAGUUGCCAUUGACGUGGCCGAAGAAGCUCGAGGACAACCCGGCGCACUUGACCUACAAGUCUGACAGAGGCCAGUGUGUGUACGGGGAGGACGUCUACGUGGGCUAUAAAUGGUACGAAAAGAACAAAAUCGAACCUUUGUUCGCCUUUGGGCACGGUUUGUCGUACACCAGCUUUAAGCUCAGCGAUUUGGGAGUCCAACGCGACGCUAAAACGUUCACCGUGAGCGUCACCGUCACCAACACCGGUGACAGGGACGGUGCUGAGGUGGUGCAGGUGUACUUAGCUCCACCGACUUCAUACGAUAUUCAGGCCAUCAGCAGACCGAAUAAGGAGUUGAAGGACUUUGCCAAGGUCUUUGUCAAGGCUGGGGCUAGCAAACGCGUCGAAAUCACCCUGGAUUUGAAGUACGCUACAUCCUUCUUUGACGCGUAUAAGAACAAGUGGUGCUCCGUCAAGGGCGAGUACACGGUACUUGUGGGUAACAGUUCGGACAAUAUUUCGCUCGAGGGAACGGUUAAAGUCGAUAAGACUGUGUUCUGGAGUGGAGUCUGA